UCUCACUGUGGAUUUACAUACCCUGAUUUCCGUGGGACUGGGAAGCGAAAGAGUAGGGUGCUGGGUCUUUCAGGAACUGAGGAAACAAGCACAAACAGGGUUAUUUAACAAAUUCACAACUUUAUAGACACGUUGGCGACCCUUAAAAUCGUCGGAAUAAGUUUCACGCUACUUUUCUGCACUUGUUUCGGCUCUCCACGGUGCUUUCGCUGGAUUAUUUCCCUAAAGUCUGGAGGAGGGCUGCGAGUUUUUCGGAGAAGCCUGGAAGCAGUUUGAGGUUUGAAGGGCUGUGGCCAUGGCCGGGGGUGGUGGAGGUGGAGGAGGCGGAGGGGUUUCUCCAUUGGGGCCAGCACCGCCGAUGUGGUAUCACCGGGACCUGAGUCGCGCGGCGGCCGAGGAGCUGCUGGCCCGGGCCGGGAGGGACGGCAGCUUCCUGGUGCGGGACAGCGAGAGUGUCAACGGGGCUUACGCUUUGUGUGUACUGUUUCAGAAGCACGUCCACACAUACAGAGUCCUCCCAGACGAUGAUGGAUUUCUGGCUGUUCAGACGUCUCAGGGUGUGCAGCCUAAGCGGUUUAAGACGUUACCAGAGUUGGUGUCGUUGUACCUGCAGCCCAGCCAGGGUCUGGUCACCACGCUGCUAUACACUGUGGACAGAGAGGAAACAGCUGUCAGCGACGACAGGGACUACUCAGAUGGGGAGGAUGAGAAGCCACCCCUCCCCCCUCGCUCUGCCUCCACCUCCACUCCCCCUGGUCCAGACACACCCACAGAGAGCACUCCAGCAGCUAAUGGCCUGAGCACCAUUUCCCACGAGUACCUGAAAGGCAGCUAUGCUCUGGACCUGGAGGCAGUCAAACAGGGAGCCUCCUCUCUGCCUCACCUCAACAAGACUCUAGUUUCCUCAUGCAAACGCCUUAAUGGGGAGGUGGAUAAGGUUCUGUCUGGCCUGGAGAUCCUGUCUAAAGUGUUUGAUCAGCAGAGUGCUUUCAUGGUGUCCAAGAUGAUCCAGCAGUCGGUGAAUCAGGGUGGAGACCAGGAGUUGGAGAACCUUGUGACCAAGCUAGCAAUCCUCAAAGACCUGCUGUCAUCCAUAGAGAAGAAGGCUCUGAAAGCUCUGCAGGACAUGAGUCUGUCCUCUCCUUGCUCCCUUCCUCCUCUCUCCAUGCGUCACAGCAAAGCCAUCCCUGUGCAGGCUUUCGAGGUAAAGCUGGAUGUCUACCUGGCGGAGCUGACAAAGAUAGGAAAGAGUCAGAAGUACACUCUGUCUGUGGACGUGGAGGGAGGACGGCUAGUAGUGAUGAAGAAGGUGAAGGACAGCCAGGAGGACUGGACCACCUUCACACAUGACAAAAUCCGUCAGCUGAUCAAGUCUCAGCGCGUGCAGAAUAAACUGGGCAUUGUUUUUGAGAAGGAGAAGGACAAGAGCCAGAGGAAAGACUUCAUCUUUGCCAGUGCCAAGAAGCGGGAGGCAUUUUGCCAGCUGCUACAGCUGAUGAAGAACAAACAUUCCAACCAAGACGAGCCAGACAUGAUUUCCAUCUUCAUUGGCACCUGGAAUAUGGGCUCAGUGCCCGCUCCGAAGUCUCAGGCCUCGUGGGUGUUGUGUCACGGCCUCGGGAAGACUCUAGACGAGAUGACGGUCACCAUCCCUCAUGACCUUUAUGUGUUUGGAAGCCAAGAAAACUCUGUGUGUGACCGUGAGUGGGUGGAGUCGCUGCGUGCCUUAUUGAAAGAACAGACGGAACUGGAUUAUAAACCGAUCGCAGUGCAAACUCUGUGGAACAUAAAAAUUGCUGUGUUGGUGAAACCGGAACACGAGAACCGGAUCAGCCACGUGGGAAUGUCCAGUGUCAAGACCGGCAUCGCUAACACAUUGGGGAACAAAGGAGCUGUGGGUGUGUCCUUUAUGUUCAAUGGGACAUCUUUUGGCUUUGUGAACUGUCACCUGACAUCAGGGAAUGAGAAGAUUGCAAGGAGGAACCAGAACUACCUAGAUAUCCUACGCCUGCUGUCGCUAGGAGACAAGCAGCUGAGCUCCUUCGAUAUCUCACUUCGCUUUACACACCUCUUCUGGCUGGGAGACCUCAACUACAGGCUGGAUAUGGACAUACAGGAGAUUUUAAACUACAUUAACAGGAAGGAGUUUGAGCCCCUGCUGAAGGUGGACCAGCUUAACCUGGAGAGGGAGAAGAACAAAGUAUUUUUACGCUUUGGGGAAGAAGAGAUCUCGUUCCCGCCCACCUACCGUUACGAACGUGGCUCAAGGGACACGUAUGUGUGGCAGAAGCAGAAGGCCACUGGGAUGAGGACUAAUGUUCCAUCAUGGUGUGACAGGAUCCUGUGGAAGUCUUACCCAGAAACACACAUUGUCUGCAACUCCUAUGGAUGUACGGAUGAUAUAGUGACCAGUGAUCAUUCCCCUGUGUUCGGCACCUUCGAGGUGGGGGUGACGUCCCAGUUUGUCUCCAAGAAAGGUCUACCAAAGUCUUCAGAGCAGGCCUACAUUGAGUUUGAGAGCAUCGAGGCCAUAGUGAAAACGGCGAGCAGAACCAAGUUUUUCAUCGAAUUCUACUCCACUUGUCUGGAAGAGUUUAAGAAGAGUUAUGAGAACGACAGUCAGAGCAGCGACAACGUCAACUUCCUGCGUGUGGGCUGGUCCAACAAGCAGCUGACGACGCUCAAACCUCUUCUCUCAGAGGUGGAGUACCUGCAGGACCAACACCUGCUGCUCACUGUGAAAUCCCUGGACGGAUACGAAUCCUACGGAGAGUGUGUGUUGGCUCUGAAGUCUAUGAUUGGCAGCACACCACAGCAGUUCCACACCUACCUGUCCCACCGUGGAGAGGAAACAGGAAACAUCAGGGGGUUAAUGCGGGUCAGAGUCCCCUCUGAAAGGAUGGGAACCAGGGAGAGACUCUAUGAGUGGAUCAGUGUGGACAAGGAUGAGACGGGUGCACCCAAAGGGAAAUCCACUUUGGCAUCCAGAGUGGGACAUGAAUAUGUAAAGCCGUCUGCGGUCCGUAAACAGCUAGGGGAGCUGGGAAAAGUCAGUGAGGAGGGAGAAAGGAGCAUCAAGGAGGAAACUGCUGCUAGGCCUAAACAGGAAGGAACCGACGGGGAUCCGUCCGUCUGCAAGAACAGCUACAAUAACCCCGCCUACUACAUCCUGGAGGGCGUUCCUAAUCAGUCGGCCGCCGCUCUUUCAGCCGAGCUUCUUCCAUCUCCUACCUCCUCAAACCCCCAGGUGACUAAAGCCCCUAUUCCCUCAGCUGGAGCUCGAACCAAGCCCCCCUUUGUGGCCUCGGGGCCCUCUCACACACGCAGACCCACCACAGGGCACCCGGUCCGCGCUAUAAGCGAGGAGGGGUCGUCAGAGGACGAUGGGGGGGCCUGUGUAGCACCAUCGCAGGGGGUGAAUGUCGGGACAACAGUUGGAAGCACGCUGAACCGCCCCCCUCCUGACUUCCCCCCUCCUCCUCUUCCUAAGGGGGCCGUGGAGAUGGUGGCAGAGACCCCCUUCUCCAUUCAUCGCGCUCUUUACCCAGAUCUAGCCGAGGUCAGGAUCCCAGCAGCCAGUCCUGCAGCCCCGCUGGCACUCGGGGAGGGUUUCAGAAGAGGAGGGGGAGGUUCGGGGGCGUUGGACGACCAGUCGUGUUCGGUGCUCCAGAUGGCAAAGACACUGAGUGAGAGUGAGUUUUCUGGGCACCCUCCACGCGCUCCGUCUGCGCCGCCGCUCAGAGGGCAUCCGAUGGGAUUAAAUCUGGAUGCCUGCAGAACUUUCCCACCCAGGAAUGCCAUCACAGAGAGUAUCGCAGAGGAUAUGCCAGAGGAGGCACUUUGGGGCAGCAGUAGCUCGUCUCUGUCUGUCGGGGAAUCCUCCGUGGCAGAGUGGCUGCAGAGACUGGGACUAGAGAGGUAUGAGAAGGGCCUCCUACACAACGGCUGGGACGACCUGGAGUUCCUCAGUGAUAUCACUGAGGAGGACCUUGAGGAGGCGGGAGUGCUCGACCCCGCCCACAAGAUGAUCCUGCUGGAGAGCCUGAGGCAGCAGCAGCCUCUGAAAUAAACUGUUUCAAACCGGCCUGUUUCACCGGGUGCCAGGAGACUGAACUGAGCUGAGCUGAGCUGGAACGUGCCAAUGAAUGCCAGACUGUGCCUUCUGAGAGAAAUUGCACUCCCAUUUGAAAUUUCAAAAAAAACACUUGUUGAGUUACCAUCUCUAUUUAACCACUUGUACUGUAUGUGUUCCGUCGUAGAGGUGGCCUUAUUUAAUGAGAAUCAUUUCAGUCCUUCCAGCGUCACUACAUAACCCUCUUCUUGAAACCUCGUGAGAAGAUGCAGGGUGAGAAAUAUAUAUUUUUUAGUGACUCAUGUUUAAAGCAGCUGCUGCCUUGAUGUUGUGCCAUCACUUCUGACCUGCAGCUAAAGCUGGCUAUACUGGCCUCGCCAAAAUCUCCUUCUCGGUUAACCAGCGAGAUAAACACUCUCACAAAGUAAAACUCAGGACAACGAGGUGAUGUUUUGAAGCUUUACUAAGCAAGCAGUGUGAAACUGAAGGAAUACAGAAACAAGAGCAAUUGUAAAUAUCAACUACAUGACAUAAUAAUUACAUAUACAUAGAUAUAUAUCCAAGACGGCAUGAAAUUAGGUCAGUGCCAAAGUACAGGGCUAUAUUGCACAGCAACUACAAAAUGUCAGCUGGGAUCAAAGAUCACAAUAAUGCACUCAAGGUAAAGAUAUAUGUAGAAACAUAAAAACGUACAGGAAAUGCCUUCUCAAGGGCUAUGAAUGAUGGAUGGCACAGGAUGAACAGACAUCGCCUUAGCUGGAGCACACAUGCUAUUCUGAAAUGUCUCAGGCUAACUUCCUGUCACAUGGGAACUAAAAAUAACUGCUUCAUGCAGUACGGGAAGUCACCAGAAGGAGUCACUAUAACACACAAAAUAAUUGGCGGAGCCAGAACACUGGCGUUAAAGCUUGUUUGUUUUGCCCUGAGAAACGUUAAUUUACACAGUCUGCUGAGUUUAAGACUCCUUGAUAUGGGAAAUGAAAAUAGGGCUUUUUGGAGGAAAACCAGAGCUUUUCCCCCCACAAACGAUCAUAUGUGGGAAAUUGUGAGAUAGCACUCAAGGGUAAUGUUGACGUUUAGCUCGCGUCGAGGAACACUUGGGACAGGAAGUGGUGACAAAAGAGGAUCUAGCCUUCACUCAUGUCAGACUAAAGCUCGCUCAACUUGCAUUUCUCAAAUGUUGUACUUUUGUGUGAACGUUUGGGCCAUUGUUGUUUAAAUAAUGGCAUUUAUUGUCUCUGUCUCUGCAUGUAUUUAUGGUUUUAUGUUUUUGUUGUGUUUAAUGAUAAAGGGAAUAUGGAGCAAACCAACCAAACCGGUCCUGGGAGAGCUAAAAGGUUAUAUUUCCCCAGGGUACAACAUUUAAGUGCCUGUGUUAGCCAUUAGCACCCACAGUGUGUUCACACUCAACACUGACAUUUCAUCUUUUUUAUCUGAAUUUUGCAGAUUUUGACAAGUUUGGAAACAGUGUUUGUUUGAUCAUCUAAAAAAUCUACUUAGGCUACAAAAGUGUACAACAACAAAUGUUGUACCAAAAUGAUAUAUCCCUUAAAAUGCUUGACCUAGCACAUCUCAUGCUCACACUUUAAUUGUCUGUACAUUUCAAUUUACAGAAGAAGACAUUUUGGAAACCAAUGACCCAGGAUGGGCUAAAUGUCACAUAUUUCACUCAUUUUUUAAAUGAAGCAGUUUUCAGGGAAUUGGUUACCUUAGCCAAAUAGAUUACUUCUAACUACUAAUGAUUACUAUACAAAUCAUUUACUAAGCAAUCAUAUUUCCAUUUCUAAAAAGGAAAAUAUUUGUCAUGAAACAUAAUUGCCUGUAAAACAGUCUAAAGAUUUUUUUUAUUUUGCUGAUUUAAUUUGGCUCUUUUGUUACAUUACUACAGACACAGACUAAUGUAGGGUCAUUAGAUAUGUUUCUAAUAUCUUGAGAUUUCACCUCAUAAUACGUUAAAAACUGAAAUGUCAGGACGCAGGUGGCUGUUGUUCCCUGAUGUGCCCAGCAGGUGGUGCUGCUACUCUAUAAACACCAUCUGUGGAAACUGGGAAAAUAAGACAGAACUAAGUCAUCUUCAGUGAAUGGUUUGUUUGUUUAUAAAUGUUUCCUGUGCAGUUACAAUCAUAGAGCUAACAUACCAGUUAGUGUUCACUUUGCCUUGUUUUGUUCUUAAUUUAAAUCCUGCCUCUUUUCUUCCUGUGAAGCCAGUUUGUUUUAAGAGAUGCUGAGAACUCUAAACUCUUUUUCCUAAUUAGGACUAAAUAUGUGAUUGUAGCAGUUUGUAUUCAUGUCUACUUCUCCUAUUUCUUUGUGACCCAAUGACAUCCUUUAAUUAUGUUGCCCACAUACAGCCUUACAAGUCUCAGCCACAGGCUUGUGUUAUGUGUUGCACACUUUGUCUAAUUUUCUAACAGUCAAACAACCGUAUGGCAGAGAAUGUGGUUUAGUCUUGUUAAAUCUGAUGUCUUUUCAAGCCCCUUUGGCUUCUCAGUGUUCUCUGUUGUGUGUGUGUGUGUGUGUGUGUGUGUGUGUGUGUGUGUGUGUGUGUGUUUGCGUAUGAGUGAAAAAGACGCCCCAUUGUUUUUUCUGACUGACUUUUUCUUGUUAUUUCAUGUAGUCGCCUCUUUUUUGAAUGUUAAGUUAAUGUUUUGUUUGCCCAUGUCUUUUUUUUCAAUUAAAAUCUAAUAUCUUAACUUUUUUCCUAUUUGCUCAUUUUUCUUCUUUUUGUUGCUGUCUGCGGGGAAAGCUGAGGGGAUGUGACAGUAAUGGUUUGUGAGCUGUAUACGUGCCUCAUAGCAGGAAAGGGAAAGAGUGUACGGUAAAUAAAUGACAGUCAUUUCAGUUUUUAUUUAA